AUGUGGCGCAUGCGUGGUGGCGCCAGCAGGCGCGGCGGCGGCGGCGGCGGCGGCGGCGGCGGGGAGGGCCGCGCGCGUGAGGGCGGCGCGGGCGUGGGCUGGCGAGGCCGUGCGGGCGGCGCCCGGCAGCAGCUGGAGGAGCGCUUCGCCGACCUGGCCGCCAGCCACCGGGACGCCCUCCGCGCGCGCGACGAGCGGGACCGGCAGAACGCGCGGCUGCGCGAGGAGAACGCGCGCCUGCGCCUCGAGAACCGCAGGCUGCGGCGCGAGAACCGCAGCCUCUUCCGUCAGGCUCUCCGGCCGCCGGGCGACGGCGCCGACCGCGUGCCCGCCGAGGGGCCCCUGCGGCCCGAAGAGGCUGCCGCGCAGCGCGGCGACGAGCCGGGCAGCCCCAGGGCCCUGCGCGCCCGACUGGAGAAACUGGAGGCCAUGUACCGCCGGGCCCUGCUGCAGCUGCGCGUCGAGCAGCGGGGGGCGCGGCCCCGUGCGCACCGGGACGAGCCGCCUCUGCCCGCAGCCGCCGGUGACCCCGACGCGCCGGAACCCUGGCUGUAG